AAAUAUAAACACACUUCGUUUUCAAUUCCUAAGGCAUGCAGAAGCAGAACCUACCCCCACCUCUAAAUUCCCCUCGGUGACCCCUUCCCGUCUUCUGCUCCGGUCAAGGGGUCGCCUCUUCAUCUUCAAUCUCUGUCCGGAGAGGGAGAGAGAAAUAUUAAAGAUAAAGGAAAACCCCAAUUCGAUCUCCUUCAUUGUGAACCUAAGAAGCUCUGCAAUAGAGAGAGAGAGAGAGAGAGAGAUAAGAAGAGAUGUCGGAGAUGGCGGUUUCAGACCCUGAGGGUUUCGAUGGAGUUCGCAUGACAUGGGGCGUAUGGCCACGAACGAAGGUGGAAGCGAGCAAAUGCGUGAUCCCAAUUGCAGCGACGAUCUCUCCGAUCCGACCCCACCCAGACAUCCCAACCCUCCCCUACCUUCCUCUCCGCUGCAAGACCUGCACCUGCAUCCUCAACCCAUACUGCCGUGUCGACUUCACAGCCAAAAUCUGGAUCUGCCCUUUGUGCUUCCAACGCAACCAUUUCCCUCAGCAUUACUCCAUGAUCUCCGAAUCCAAUGUCCCUGCUGAGCUCUACCCUCAAUAUACCACCGUAGAAUACGCCUUCACACCCUCAGUACCAGACGCUGCCUCCUCUGUGUUCCUCUUCGUUCUCGAUACCUGUGUCAUUGAGGAGGAGCUAGGGUUUGCCAAAUCUGCGCUUAAACAGGCUAUUGGGUUGUUGCCUGAUAAUGCUCUAGUUGGGUUCAUCUCGUUUGGUACGCAGGUCCAGGUUCAUGAACUUGGGUUCUCGGAUCUGACCAAGGUUUAUGUCUUCCGUGGCACGAAAGAAAUCUCUAAGGAUCAGGUUUUGGAUCAAUUGGGCCUCAGCGCUGCUGCGCAUAGACCUGCACCUGGGAAUCCCAAAGGGGCUCAGCAAGGUUUGAUCAAUUCGGCUCUUGUUAAUCGGUUCUUGCUUCCCGCUUCCGAUUGCGAAUACGCCCUUAAUUCGCUACUUGAUGAAUUACAAACGGAUCAAUGGCCGGUGCAACAUGGAAAUCGAGCAUUGCGGUGCACGGGUGUUGCUCUCAGUGUUGCUGCGGGUCUUUUAGGGGCUUGCUUGCCUGGUACCGGUGCGAGAAUUAUAGCUUUAGUGGGUGGCCCAUGCACAGAAGGCCCUGGCAUGAUUGUGUCAAAAGAUCAGUCAGAGCCAGUGCGUUCGCAUAAAGAUCUUGACAAGGAUGCAGCACCACAUUUUCAUAAAGCAGUGAAAUUUUAUGAGAAUCUUGCCAAGCAGCUUGUAAGCCAGGGACAUGUCUUGGAUCUUUUCGCUUCUGCACUUGAUCAGGUCGGGGUUGCAGAGAUGAAAGUAGUCAUUGAAAGGUCUGGUGGCCUUGUGGUUCUGGCUGAAAGUUUUGGCCAUUCUGUGUUUAAAGACUCUUUCAGACGUGUAUUCGAGGAUGGUGAACAGUCUCUUGGCCUUUGCUUCAAUGGGACUCUUGAGAUCAAUUGUUCAAAGGAGAUCAAAAUUCAGGGAAUCAUUGGUCCAUGUUCUUCUUUGGAGAAGAAAGGACCUUCUUGUUCAGAUACAGUUAUUGGGCAAGGGAACACAACAGCAUGGAAAAUGUGUGGUCUUGAUAAGAGGACUUGCUUGACAGUCUUCUUUGACAUUUCACCCAGUGAUCGGUCUAACCCACAGGGAGCUUUAAAUCCACAAUUGUACUUGCAAUUUUUGACAAAUUAUCAGAACCCUGAGGGACAAAUGAGGCUUCGAGUAAUGACUGUUACAAGGAGAUGGGUAGAUAGUGCUGCUAAUGCGGAGGAAUUGGUAGAAGGAUUCGACCAGGAGACUGCUGCUGUUGUAAUGGCAAGAUUAACUUCAUUUAAAAUGGAGAUGGAGGAAGAGUUUGAUGCUACAAGAUGGCUGGAUCGAUCCCUCAUCCGUUUGUGUUCCAGAUUUGGUGACUAUCGGAAGGAUGAUCCUGCUUCUUUCACAUUAAACCCUAAUUUCUCACUAUUUCCACAGUUUAUGUUUAAUCUCCGGCGGUCACAGUUUGUUCAGGUUUUUAACAAUAGUCCAGAUGAGACUGCCUACUUCCGCAUGUUAUUAAACAGGGAGCAUAUCCUCAACUCUGUGGUCAUGACACAACCAUCACUAAUUUCAUAUUCAUUUAAUUCACCUCCUGCACCAGCAUUGUUGGAUGUCACUUCUAUUGCUGCCGAUCGUAUCCUCUUGCUUGAUGCAUAUUUCAGUGUAGUUAUAUUCCAUGGAAUGACAAUAGCUCAGUGGCGUAAUGCGGGUUUCCAAAAUCAGCCAGAACAUCAGGCCUUUGCCCAGCUAUUGCAAGCACCACAUGAUGAUGCCCAAAUGAUAAUCCAAGAUCGGUUUCCUGUCCCAAGAUUGGUCGUCUGUGAUCAACAUGGAUCCCAGGCAAGAUUCCUUCUGGCUAGAUUGAAUCCCUCAGCUACUUAUAACUCCACCCAUGAAGUAGCUGCUGGGUCAGAUGUGAUCUUCACAGAUGAUGUUAGCUUGCAAGUGUUCUUUGAGCAUCUACAGAGGUUGGCAGUGCAAUCUUGAGAGCACAACUUUGCCAGAAAAAUGACAGUCGCUGUUCAGUUUCCUGAUGCGAACGAAUUUGGUGAAUGUGAGAUGUCAUUCCAAGCUCCUACAACCCUCUCAUUUUCUCUAAUUUUUCCUUUCUCCCUCUUGUUCUUGAAAUGAGAGGCCAGGCCAACAUCGCUGGAAAUAAGGAUCGCACAUAUCAUUCAUUUGGCUUGAGAGAUUUUGGCAGCCUUGCAAGAAUAAGACCUCUGCAAGGCUGGUUUUUGCCUUUUCAAGGGAAAGGAAGGAACAUCUGGUGUAGUACAAGCUUUGCUGCCUUAAGCAGCAAUGUCUGUCAGAUAGGUUUUAAUAUCGAGUUGAUUGUGUCUUUUUCUUCACAAUUUGUAAGUCAGCUAAGGCAGAAAUAUACCUCUUUUUUGUAUCUGGAUUUUAAGUUUACAAACUGGAUGGGGGCUCAACCUCUUA